CGGGAAGCCAGCGAGGUCGGUUCCGCCCGACUCUAACAUGGCGGCGCCCUUUGUCUGCUCUAAAGUGCAGUCCCUGGCCUUCUCGCGGCCGUGAUGCACCUCCCUCUGCAGUGGGGUCCAGGACAUGGCAGGUAAUGAGCUGGAGGAGGGGAGCCAAGCUGGAGUAUAUGCAGACAAACUGUCAGCAAAGAGUAACCUGGGCUGUUUGGAAAUCUGAGCCAUGGACUUUCCCCAGCACAGCCGGCACGUCCUGGAGCGGCUGAACCAGCAGAGGCAGCUGGGGCUCCUGUGCGACUGCACCUUCGUGGUGGACGGCGUGGACUUCAAGGCCCACAAAGCAGUGCUGGCCGCCUGCAGCGAGUACUUCAAGAUGCUCUUUGUGGACCAGAAGGAUGUGGUGCACCUGGACAUCAGUAAUGCGGCAGGCCUGGGGCAGGUGCUGGAGUUCAUGUACACGGCCAAGCUGAGUCUGAGUCCCGAGAACGUGGACGAUGUGCUGGCUGUGGCUAGCUUCCUCCAGAUGCAGGACAUCGUCACGGCCUGCCACGCCCUCAAGUCACUUGCUGAGCCGGCUGCCAGCCCUGGGGAAGAUGUGGUGGCCUCUGCCACGGAAGGAGGAGACAAGGGAGCCAGGGAGGUGCAGGCAGCGGCCACCACACGGAGCGAGCUGGCACAGGCAGGGAGCUGCGCACCCCUGGGCCCAAGCAGGGAGCCCAAGGAGGAGCGAGGUGGCCAGGCCGAGAGUGCGGCCAGUGGUGCUGAGCAGACAGAGAAGGCCGAUGCUCCCCGGAGCCUGCCAGCGGAGCUCAAGCCAGACCCCACCAGCGGUGGCUGCGCGGAAGCCGAGGCUGCCUUGUCAGAGAGCUCGGAGCAAGAAAUGGAGGUGGAGCUGGCGAGGAAAGGAGAAGAGCGAGAGGAGGCUGGCACCGGGCCUGCUGUGGUCAAGGAAGAGGGGCCCCCCCUGGAGAACGGGGGCCCCGAGGAGAAUGAGGAGUCGGCCGGCACGGACUCCGGGCAGGAGCUGGGCAUGGAGGCCCGGAGCCUGCGCUCAGGCACCUACGGUGACCGCACUGAGUCCAGCUACGGCUCCAUCACCCACAAUGUGAGGACUGUGGAAGGAGUUCACACACACAGGAACUUCAAGCGGCACAUCCGCAUCCACACGGGCGAGAAGCCCUUCUCGUGCCGGGAGUGCAGCAAGGCCUUCUCCGACCCCGCCGCGUGCAAGGCCCACGAGAAGACUCACAGCCCACUGAAGCCGUACGGCUGCGAGGAGUGUGGCAAGAGCUACCGGCUCAUCAGCCUGCUGACCACCAAGAAGCGGCACUCGGGUGGGCGCUACCGCUGCGACGACUGUGGCAAGCUCUUCACCACCUCCGGCAACCUCAAGCGGCACCAGCUGGUGCACAGCGGCGAGAAGCCGUACCAGUGCGACUACUGCGGCCGCUCCUUCUCUGACCCCACCUCCAAAAUGCGCCACCUGGAGACGCAUGACACUGACAAGGAGCACAAGUGCCCGCACUGCGACAAGAAGUUCAACCAGGUGGGGAACCUGAAGGCCCACCUGAAGAUCCACAUUGCAGACGGGCCCCUCAAGUGCCGGGAGUGCGGGAAGCAGUUCACCACCUCAGGGAACCUCAAGAGGCACCUUCGCAUCCACAGCGGGGAGAAGCCCUACGUAUGCGUCCACUGCCAGCGGCAGUUUGCCGACCCCGGCGCGCUGCAGCGGCACGUCCGCAUCCACACGGGUGAGAAGCCGUGCCAGUGUGUGAUGUGCGGCAAGGCCUUCACCCAGGCCAGCUCCCUCAUCGCCCACGUGCGCCAGCACACCGGGGAGAAGCCCUAUGUCUGCGAGCGCUGCGGCAAGAGAUUCGUCCAGUCCAGCCAGUUGGCCAAUCACAUCCGCCACCAUGACAACAUCCGCCCACACAAGUGCAGCGUGUGCAGCAAGGCCUUCGUGAACGUGGGGGACCUGUCCAAGCACAUCAUCAUCCACACUGGAGAGAAGCCUUAUCUUUGUGACAAGUGCGGUCGUGGCUUCAACCGAGUGGACAACCUGCGCUCCCAUGUGAAAACCGUGCACCAGGGCAAGGCCGGCAUCAAAAUCCUGGAGCCUGAGGAAGGUGGUGAGGUCAGCGUGGUCACAGUUGAUGACAUGGUCACGCUGGCCACCGAGGCACUGGCAGCCACGGCUGUCACUCAACUCACAGUGGUACCAGUGGGGACCCCGGUGACGGCUGAUGAGACAGAAGCACUUAAAGCCGAGAUCACGAAAGCUGUGAAGCAAGUGCAGGAAGCAGACCCCAACACCCAGAUCCUGUACGCCUGUGACUCCUGUGGGGACAAGUUUCUGGAUGCCAACAGCCUGGCCCAGCAUGUGCGGAUCCACACGGCCCAGGCACUAGUUAUGUUCCAGGCAGACCCGGACUUCUACCAGCAGUACGGGCCCGGCAGCACAUGGCCAGCCGGGCAGGUGCUGCAGGCCGGGGAGCUGAUCUUCCGGCCUCGGGACGGGGUCGAGGGCCAGCCCGCUCUGGCGGAGACCCCCCCCACAGCUCCCGAGUGUGCACCGCCUGCCGAGUGAGCCGGUGUCCCUUCUCCUGACUGUUUAUUUAAAGAUGGAUGGCACCCUGGAACUGAGAGGGGUGGCCUCAUCCCUAGAGAGAAUAAAUUUGAUUAUUUUCUAA